CAUUUUUCCCUAUACCACACACACACAGCAAUCACACACAAUUGUGAUUUAUAAUCUCACAUUUACACGCUCAAAGAGGGGGAUCUACAGUCUCCUCUCGAUUUCUCAGAUUAACGGGGAUGAGGUGAAGGUCCAGUUCUCAUGCAUGCCUCCAUCACAUAUUCCUCUCUUUAUUUGUCAAUGAAUGAGCACACACAUUAUCAUCAGCCUGAUGGAUGUUGCGUCCUUUGGACUUUGUUUGCCUGAGGUUGUGUUUGAUGUACUGGAUUAGCAUUGCUUUCUUGAGGAUGUAGAUGAGAGGUUUUUGCAUGGGGUUUUCCAGGAUUCUCCAGAACUAUGAGUGAGAUUCAAGGCUCUGACUACCUUCUCAGGGCAGAUGAAAAGUCAUCAUGGAGUCGACCAGACUCAUCUGCCUCUGGACAGUACACCUACACUAUCCCCAGCCCCACAGAGAUACACACCGUUACCAAACCAGAGCCUCUCAUGCUGAAGAAUGAUGAACGGCAGAGACUCGCCCGCGAACGGAGGGAGGAGCUGGACAAGCAGAACGCUGUACGGGGCUCCAAGUGGCAGGAGAGAGAGGAAAGAGCCCGGCAGUUUCAUGAGAGACAGCUGGAGGAGCGCAAGAAAAGGUUGGAGGAGCAGCGGAUGAAGGAGGACAAGAGACGUGCUGCUGUGGAGGAAAAACGACGGCAGAAGCUGGAGGAGGAGAAGGUACGGUAUGAGGCCGUUAUCAGGAGGACAAUGGAGAGGAGUCAAAGAGCCAGGCCUAAGUCGAAUCGCUGGAGCUGGGGUGGAACACUUUCUGUUAGCACCUCACACAAUAGCGGUUUUGAUGAUUGUGCUCUCUUUCCUUUGGAUCUGGCUGGGCUGGAGCACUAUCAUGGUGUUUUCAGUUUGGCCCAUCAGCAGCAGAUGCGCUCUAAAUAUGCUGACAGAAGGUCAGUCUCCACUAUGAAUCUGUCCAAACACACAGAUCCAGUCAUUUCCAAACGCCUGUCAUCGUCCUCAGCCACCUUGCUGAAUUCACCAGAUAGAGCCUUACGGAAGCAGACAUCUUUCUCGUCGUCUUGCUUGCUUAAAAAAACACUAUCUAAAUCCCAAAUCUCCAGAGAGAAGACCCCUCAGGACAAAACAGCAGGUAUGCGUCGCAUGCCCCUUACUCCAUGGGAGAACACAGUGAUAAGUCGAUUACAGACGCCAACACACUCCUAUCUGGCCAGGAGUCGCAGCGCCAUGUCUUUAUCUGGAGAAGCAGUGACCCCCGUUUGUCCUCGCUCAGCUUCCUGUCACCCAAUGAGCUCCAUGUCCUUCAAGUCCAUCCAGUCACGUAGCGCCGAACGGCCAAUGAAAGCAGGCCUUAAUCUGGAGAGACCAAUCAGAGCAGGCUUUAUUCCUCCAGAUGGCAGCAAUCGCAGAAAGAUCACUCAGAAUAUCAUGAUUGACAGGAAGGAUAAAGACAAUGUGAGGAAGUCAUGGAGUAACCUGUCAUAUCCCACUCCCAGUUUGAGUCUUUUCACACCUAAGAGAGCUCCUUCACCUGUCGGCCAUCGCAGCAGGGUCACCAAUCCAUCCCCUAAUAGGAGCUCUACUGCUAAACCCUUUCAGAAGACACCAAACCCCAAAAAGUCCAGGUCUCCUCCUCCUCCAGCAUCAAUCCCGCUGUCUCAUAGCAAUCCGUCCUUAUCGCCAGGCAAUCUCAGGCCCAGCAGACCGACAUCCGAGAGCCUGAGAGUUACAGCAGAAAGAGAGGCGGCCAAAAAGGAGGACGUAGAACCUCCUAAAACUGAACCGGAAGCUCCAUUGACUACAACAGAGCCUAGUUCUGAAGCUUCUGGAAGUUCUCCUGGAGGCCGUCCCUCUGCAGGCACCACUGAUCCAGAGGAGGCCUCUCGUCUGCUGGCUGAGAAACGACGGCAGGCCAGAGAACAGAGAGAAAGAGAAGAAGAGGAGAAGAGGCAGCAGGAAGAGGCUGAAAGGCGCAGCAGGGAGGAAAUGGCCCGCAGGAAGGCAGAAGAGCGAGCGAAGAGAGAGGAGGAGGCACAGCGGCAGGCGGAGGAGAAGAGGAGAAAAGAGGAGGAGGAGAUGCGUUUAGAAGAGGAGAGAGCGCAGAGGGAGAGAGAAGAAGCCGAACGCCUGCAGAAACAAAAAGAGGAAGAGGAGGCUCGCCAGAAAGAAGAAGCAGAGCGCUUGCGUCUGGAGAGAGAGAAACACUUCCAGAAAGAGGAGGCUGAGAGAAUGGAGAGGAAGAAACGCCUUGAGGAAAUUAUGAAGCGCACACGCAGAUCUGAUCAGAAAACCACCCCGCAGAGAAAUGGAGAUGUCAGUCAGCAGAGUGGACAGGAUCCAGGUUCAGUGUCCGGCGGUCCCUCAGUGAGUGUGUCUGACCCUCUGGCUUCAGAGACCUUAGAGACGGUACAGAGCGACAGUAAUGGACACACGGGGCCAAGCUACAUUACACCUGUACUGCCCACAUCAGGUCACAGCAUGUCUGCACUACUCCGAGAAAACGGCACUAUUAACGAGACCUUCGAGCAGGUCAUAGAGGUUCCUCUGGCGAACAAACUGUCCCGUCAAGAUGGAGAUGGAGAAGAGCUUGACAGAGAGGAGGAGGAGGAGAGGAAACGUCCCUUUUUGGCCUUCAGAGAGAACGGCAGCACACAUAACGUGAGCGAACUGAAUGAGGAGCCAACGCUGUAGAGUUCAGAUGUAUGAAUAUUUAUAAUGGUGGAAGUGCAACAAGCAACAUAAGGAAGAGAAAUACUAAGAAAAUGAAGUACUUCUCUUCGUCUGAAUCCAACUCAACCUAAAAUGGCAAACCAAACAAAACGUCUCUUGGCCGUUCUCUUGACUUCCGGUUAUCAUUUUCCCCCAAAACUGAAGUGGGUCGCUCCAGAAACCACAUCUUCCAUCACUGGGGGAGAAACCACUGAAGCCAAAUCUAAUACUUGAAGAGAAAUGUGCCCUCUUUCGAGGAAGCUCUUGCGAAGUGCUGACCGUAAGGAAUGUGUGACUAUCGAGAAAAUGAUGUAUGUCAUGUGGGCGUCACUUUACAGCAAAAUCCUGUCUUUUUGCUCCCGUUAAGCCAGCAGUUUGAGUUGGCUGAACUCUCUGCUUAGUUUUAUAAUUGCUGUUUAAAUGAAGAGAGCAUUUUUUCUUCCCUCUUUGUAAAGCUUGAACGGAUUAUUGCCUCUAUGCAUUUAUGCAUCUUUGGUCGCUCGGCUCAUUCCACCCCAGUAUACGCAGUUUGAGAUGAUUUGUUUUUGUCUAAUAAGUUUGGGUUGUUUGAAUCUCAAAAAAAAAAAUCCAUCAAAUAUUUAACACAAAAUUAAAUGGAAUACAUGCAUGUUAUUUAUGUUAAAAUAAAGCUUAUUUUCCUCAAUUAAUCAUAAUUAUUAUGGCCUAAAAUGUAGAUACUGUGUAAAUUGUGAAGUGUAUAUAUGGAAAGUUACCAAAUGUUCUACUGCCUUUUAAUGUAAUGCUGAUUUAAAAAAGAAAACACCCUUUUCCAUUAGAUUUUGUGUUGAAAUAUAUAUAAUUUCUUGGAGAUUCACCCAACUUAUGGUUUUCUAGCCGUGUUGUUUUUGUGUAGCAUUAAUCACAGACAUCCGAAAACAACUUCUAUCAUAGGAACGUGUAUAUGCGAAGUAAUGUCUAUUUCAUCAGUAAAUCCCAAACUAAUCAUCGAAAAUCAAGAGAGUUUUCAAAAGCUAUAAUAAUAAAAGUAUGCAGAAUCUCUUUAAAUCUGAAAUGCUGCUACCUUUUGUCUUUCCUCUGCCUUAUCAGAUGAAGUAAAGUUUGGAGGGUUAGUUUGUUUAAGGGCUGAUUUGUCGUUUUUGAUUUUUGAGAUGUCCUCCUAACACAUUGCUGCGUCAUUUAACCAUUUCCAUAACAGCUCCAUGAAAUACCAACAUUAAUUAGUCAUAUGGAAAACUUAGUAUCCUAUGUUGGUACCAAGUAUACUAUAUAGCAGUGUUUCCCAGCCCUGUUCCUAAAGGCACACCAGUGGUACAUAUUUUGGAUGUCUCCCUUAUCUGAUCUGGUUUUUGAGCCUCCUAAUGUUCUGAGGAGUUGGUUUAAGGUGUGUUUGAAUAGGAAGAGGUUGAAAAUGUGUACUGUUGGUGUGCCUUUGGGAACAGGGUUGGGAAACCCUUCUAUAAAGGACACGUUAUAAAGCUAUUUAUUAGCAUAGGACUGUCUCUGUUUUUGUUGUGAUCAGUUUCGCUGAAUGUACCUUGCAAAAAAAGUAAGAAGCAGCAGGGAUCAAUGACAUAUCUCCAAGGAAGAAAUUGUAAAUCUUGAUAUGCAAACUCUACAUAAACAUUGCACAGAAUCUCAUGUAUGAUGGCGGGUGAGGGUUUAAAACAAGCACAACUUGUUUACUGAGACGUCAGGGCAGAUUUCUCAGUCCAGACUUGUUUGUAUUGAGCACUUCUGGUGUUGCACCCAUGUGUCCUUUACCCUACCAACAGCACUGAGUACCACUUUAAAAAAAAACAAGAACGAUGCAUUUACUCCCGAACAAGUCAGUCUAUAUGCAUGUACAAAUGAUGAAAAUCAAUUAAACUUUUUAUCUGGAAACCA